AUCAUAAAUCCUUGUUGUAUUCGACUUAGGAGUUGUUUAAACUUUAAAACACCGCCAUCUUUGUGUUUUGGAUGCCAUAAACCUUUCUUUUUGUCCCCUUAAAUCUUGGUUUAUACAUCUCCAUCGUCGUUAUAUAUACAUGCAAUUAUGUGCGGUGUUUCACGUUGAGGAUUACGGCUCACCCACGCUCUCCUUAUUUAUUGCUCUCACUGCUUCAAUCCUCACAAAAUACGUCUUUUCUUUUGUGCGAUGAAUUUGAGGGCCUGGAUUUUCAUUGUUUUUGUGGUGUGCGCCCAAGCUCAAACGGAGACACGAAGUUAUAUAUCGUGGAACGAUUUGAGAUUGGAUGGCGGUAGUGCUACUUUAGAGAAUGGAGGUGAUCCCACUAAACUCAUCGUCGUUUCUCAAAACGGCACCGGAGAUUCUCUCACCGUUCAAGGCGCUAUUGAUUUGGUGCCGGAGAAUAAUACCCACCGUGUCAAAAUCUAUGUUCAUCCUGGAAUUUACAGGGAAAAGGUCCACAUCCCUGCAAAUAAGCCGUACAUCACAUUGAUCGGAGACGAAGACAAAGCUAAUGAAACGGUGAUCACUUGGCACGACAAAGCCGGCGACAAGACAGCGGACGGCGGUUUCUUGGGGACUUGGAACUCGGCCUCAGUGACAGUGCUAUCCGACUACAUGUGCGCAACGUCCAUCACUUUUGAGAACACAGUGAUCGUGAAAGCAGAUUUAGGAGUGAACGGCUACCAGGCGGUGGCGCUGAGGAUCGCUGGUAAGCACGCCAUGUUCUACAGAGUCCGCUUUCUGGGGUCGCAGGACACCCUCCUCGACCAAGACGGCUCGCAUUAUUUUCUCGAGUGUUUCAUCCAAGGCACCACUGAUUUCAUAUUUGGGAGGGCAACAUCCUUGUAUAAGGAUUGCAACAUAUCCGUGGUGGGAGAUGGAUUCGCGAUAGCAGCUCAUCACCGCGACUCCCCCCUCGAUCAAACUGGCUUCUCCUUCCUCAACUGCACAGUCAGGGGUACAGGUCAUGUGUUCUUGGGCAGAGCCUGGGGGACUUACUCCAGAAUUAUAUAUUCCUACACCGAUUUCGACAUUGAUGUUAGGCCCCAGGGAUGGCAGGAUUGGGGGAUUCCUUCCAGACGCAGUACCGCGGUUUUCGGCUUGUACGAGUGCAGGGGAAGAGGAGCACAGAGAAACACAACUCAAGACUGGUCCAAAGCCAUGAACAUCUCAGAAGCAAUGCCUUUUUUACACACAGCAUUCAUUCAAGGGGACCAGUGGCUAAAACUCUAGUUUCUUUCUGUCAAAGAUUUUGUUUGUGCAUAUAGAUAGAGUUGAGUCAUUUAUACUUUGAUUUAAAUGUUGCAAUGCUUUUUUUAGUUCAAUAUAUUGGAACCCUCUGCAACCAAUGAAAUGAAAUCAGAAUAUUGAUCAAGUAAUGGGAAAUUCAUAAAUAA